GUGUCUAAUACUCGAAACGACGCCACGCCCACAACUACUAAAAUUGUCAAAUUUGCUGCCGGGACGAAAUAGUUAUUUUCAAUUUCAGCGUCGAGAAACAGAAAACCCACGGGCCGUCCAUGACCUACUUUCUUUUUCGAGGUCCGUGAGGCAGUUUGACCGCAACCGCUAACUCCUGUCGCCACCGUGCUCCGCAUGUGACCGAGCCGUAAAGGGAGGGGCGGCGUGUCUCGUGGACGGCACCGUGGAACACCGAGUUCCAGGCAACGUAGCGGGGCGAGUCACCGAAACGCGGCUGUGACCUCGAGCUGGAGUCAGGUUCCUGUCCACAGCUCUGAAGACUGCGUCGUUGGAACACGGACACUCUUGGCGAAAGAGGAAAGGAGAUGAGCACCAAAAGGAAGGCAGAGAGUCACAUGAGGGCAGCAAACCGACCACGCAUGAUGAAGUGUGGGGACUCCCGGACUGAUUCGGAGAGAGACUCUGGAUUCUCAGAUGCCAGUUCAGAGCACAUGAGUGCAAUGGACACCACAGAAUAUGAGGACACGCCUCAGUCUGCUGCGCGGCAGGGCCCCAAGCCCGCUGGUCCAGGACGCCGGCAGUCGCAGCUAGCCGUGGUGGGGGGGUCCUACUCCAGCCUCUCGCCCAUGAUUAUAAUGAACAACGUCCUUCUCAAACAGCCCGUAGAGAAUCCUCCCGCUCUGAAGCCCUGGGGCUUUAGUCCUGCCAUGGAGGUGGUGCAGCCUGUGGUCCAGCAGCCUCAGGUGGUCUUCAUACAGCCCAUGGUCUCCCAUCAGGCUUCCCCUGCCCCAAAAGACGCCACCUCUAGACACAGGCGCUCCAAAAAGUAUCUCCCAAUACUGAAACCCUACCCUAAGAUCGCCCCUCAUCCAGGAGACAGUGCAAGUUCCUCAGGAAGAGGAACAGCUUCCUCAUCCUCCUCUUCCUCGGGCUCAGAGAGGUGUAGCCCGCUAACGUCCGGCUCUCAGAGAGAGAAGACUCGGAGAGCGCUCUGUGGCAGUGCUAAUGACUCCGGCUCAAACACUUCCAGUCUUCCUGCUUCUCCCGGUAUCUCGUCUCCUUUGCUUCAGAACAGACUUUGUCUCCCAGCAGCAGAAACCAGCAGCAGCCCUGCCAAAGAGAGGCCGUCCUCAGUCAUCAGCCAGCCAGAGCUUCCCACUUCUGUCGCACGCACCAGAUCCCCACGAGCAGCCGCUCAGGGAAAGGCGUCUUCAGAAAGCUUCAGUCUGAGUGACGGGGAUUGUGACACAAAGAGGAAGCGCUUCUGCAACACCUACAACAUCCUGAGUAAAUCCGGCCUGCUGGACAUCACACUUCGCACCAAGGAGCUACUCAGGCAGAACCGUCGCACCCAGAAUGACCUGGAGCAGCUGAGAGAGCACACCGAGCUGUUUCUUCAGGCUCUGCGGAGCGGGGACGCCGGCAUCUGUGCUAAGCUGCAGGCCCGUCUGCAGGAGGAGGACAGGAACAGAGCCGUCAUGAGCAGUUUGAAAGCAGAUUAGACCCAGACGGGUGUGAGGCAGUAAGCCUUCAGACUAUGGAGGGGCAGGCCCGGGGGGGUAGGUGUGUGCACAGACAGAUGGACCGAGAAUAACGUGCGCCACGCUGGACCCCUCCCCCCAGCCUCAGACGGAGACUGUGACCUACAUUUUGGAGCCAGAGCCCUUGGGCUUCUGUCGCCGAACCCGGCCAGCCGAAAAGUGAGAGUGAGGGUGUUGGGUCACAGCUCUUCUCUCCUGACAAAUUUUGCACUAAUGUGGAAACUCAUUGUAGCAUAAGUGGUUACAGAAAGAUAAAACUCCUCUGAGGAGCUGGGGCAGGAACAGCUGGACACCUGCGCACACACCUGGAUUAUCCUCUCCCCGAAACAUUUCCUCUCGUACACAGCAGCCGUCUGUGGUGGACUGCACCUCGUUCUGACCGGGGAAGACGUGCUGUGGGGACUGUAACGGCUCUAUAAGUUCAGAUUCUGUGUCAGAGGACGUCUUUAGUCUGUGGUUUGUCGUUGUCACGCAACUAAGACAAAUACACAAAAGUGUUUGUUUUUUUGUUACCAUCCAUUUGUGAAACUAGACUAGAAUAUUUGCUGAGGACAUUAACAUCAGUGUCUUUGGUGCGAUGUAGUCCUCUUUCAUGGCUGGUCGUGGGUGUAACUGAUAGACACAGGCUCCCAGAGACCAUGGCACAGCUGGUAAGGGAACAAACAAGGUCAAAGGUAAUGUUGAGUUCUUUCACACCAGGUCUGUUUGGAGCAGCCUGUUUGUUGCACAAACCUUUUUCACUUAUUGGCAGUCGAGACCCCCCCCAAAAAAAAGGUCCUGAUAGUUGGAUCUAAGGUAGAUAUCCAUCUUAAUUCCUCUGAAUCCAGUUCAGAGGCGUCAGUCGGCUUGAUUUGAUUCAAACCAUUGAAAGUGGAUACCUGUUUUUGAUUUUUUUUAGAUUAUUUUAAAGCUUAUCUGAUAUUGGGUCAAAUUCAGACAACUGAUUGUCUCCUUAAAUAAAAGCGUAGUGACAUUUUGAUCUGAAAACUUUGGGACUAGGUGAAGGCCUCCGGCUGACAGGUCAGCAGAUGACCAGCUCAAGGAGUUUUCCUGCCAUGUUGAAUGUUUUCUGGCCCUUUGUCGGUCAGCUCCAUUAAACAGACAAACGUGCACCUUAAGUGUCUUUUUAUUUCAUUUGUCCUGUGUGUUUUAAAGCUCGAUUUGACAGGGCCUGUCAGUGAUUUUUCCCAUCAUGUUGAUGGCUGCUAUUCUCAUACAAACAGUGGAUGUAAAACCUUUUCAAAACCAAUGCGAUGCUUCCCUGUUGAAAAGCCCUUUGUAAAGGCUGCCUGUCUAAGUGAAAUCAUAUUUAAUCUGCUUUGUGAGUCUCUCCUUUUGUCAUUGUUUUUGUUUUUUGUAAUUAAAAAGAUCAUUGUUGGUGGGAUUUAAAUUGGGCAGUCUUGUGCAACUGCAGCCUUUUUCUCUUAAAGGUUCCUUUUGUUUACAUGUGUUCACUAUUGUGGUUGAAGCAACCACAAAGUCGCAUUUUAUCGAUUGAUUACUGCUGAUGUUUGUUUUUUUUUAUAGCAUCAGCUUGUGUCUCUACAUCUCCAUGGUGGAAAAAAAUUGGAGGUCUUUUGUUGGUUUAUUGUCAGCAGUUAAUUAGUUUGUAAAAAAUUGCCUUUUCAAAUCCAAAUUCCAUGUACUUCAAAGAGCAUUUGCACUGAAAUUAUCUAAAAACGAAAAGUGGUUGUAAGUUUUAUGGCAGCUGUGGUAGCUAUUGUGCUGUAGCUCAUUUAAGAUGGACAGAUUCUUUUGUUAUUAUGAUCUAUUUUAUCAUUUUUUUCAACUUUUUUUAAAAAUGUUUUUUUUUUUACACAUUCUGUACAGUAAUGUAUAAAUCUGAUUGUGUACUUGCUGUUUGUACUCAGUUACAGUGCUUUAGAGGGAACAUCACAAUAGGGGAUAAACAUUAUCAUCUGGAAAAACUCACAUACGGUGAUGCUACUUUUUAACAAUAUAAAGAUGUAAAAAAACAGAACUGUUGGAUUGGGAUUCUUUUACUAAUGAACGUGUGGCUCCUCUGAAGACUGCAUGAUUUCUGCCCGUUUAAGUCUUUGGAAACCAGAUUCAGAGAUAUUUAGAGGUUUUUCUGCAGAGUUCAGCAUUCAGCUCUUUAUAUUUGAUGUUCUACUAAAGUUUCAGGUCAUUGUUACCCCACCCCCCCCUCUUUCUUUUCUUUUUU